UAUCAGAUCAGCUUAGAUAUCAAUCUCUCUGUCUAGAGUAUAUGUCUACUGUUUGAAAUUCUUCCACUUCGCGACCCAUUCACCAGUAACCAGCAGUCUCGAGCUCGUAUGCCGAUGAACAGAGCACAGGUACCGGAUCCCCUCGCGGUGAUGAAAAGAAACUUGAAGUAUAGCGUGGCCUCGAUAGUAGGAGUCGUCGGAGGUACCUACUUUACCUUUCGAUAUUUCCAGUGGGCAAAGGGCAACGCGGCCGAGGAAUCAUAUAAAUAUGGUCGCUCGGCGGUGGUUUCGGAGAAUGACGUGGAGUGUAUGAAGGGAAGUGAGGGAAAGCAUUCAGCGCGGGCGCCGCAUGACGCCCUUACUUCGCCUUGGCCGUCCCGAGAUUGAAUUCGAAUAUUCUUAAGAAGAAAAGAGAACUAUGCAGAACAGGAGGAGAGGGAGUGAGAGGAAUAGCUUCAGUGUUUAUUUCUCCAGUCAGAGUUGUUCUGUUUCUGUACAUACAUGUAUGCUAAUUUUAGAAUGAGUAACAAUCUGGCAUGUUAGUG